GUAUUUUGUGGUAUCUUAGCUGUGGUCACACCGGUUACUUGCAUUUUAGCUGGAAAAAACUACACAAAAAAUUGGCAAUAAAAAGCAGCCGAAAGCAGCAUGGACGACGUGGGCAGCGCUUGUGUCGCAGCGCAGAAGCGCCGCUUCUCGGCCAGCGAACGUCCGCCUCGGGAGCCGGUCGUCACGCCCCCGCAACUCCCGUUACCAGAAGCCCCCGAAGAGGAGCCGCAGACGAAACAACGCAGAAGGGAGGAGCUGCAGCAGCAGUCGCCGGAUGAACGCAUCCCAUGCAUAGAGCACAACCUGCUGGACUUCUGUGAUGAGAUGCUUUACGAGAUCUUCAAGUACCUGGACACGCCCUCCAUAAUGGCGGUGAUGCACUGCUCGCCUCGUUUGGAGAGCCUGCUUCUGGACCACCGCUUCUGGCACCGCAUAGAUCUCAGCAAUGGACCGCUACCUAUGGGCAUUCUGGAGGAGAUCCUUGGUCGAGCCACCGAAAAGACACACACCAUCAAGAUUUGCGGACCGCCAUCAUCGCAGCAUGUAGCCGGCGAGUUCCGGCAGUUUACCAUGACCCUGAAUUCCGUCUUUCCCAAGGUAGCAAAUCAGUUAAAAGUGCUGGAACUGCAGGGCGUCAGCCUGGACUUUGAAUAUAUACACAUUUCCGAGUUUCCCGCCUCGCUGAAGAGACUAAUGCUCAAAGAUUGCAGUGUGAAGGUGGGCAAUCUGGUCAAGAGUAUAUUUCACACGAUAGAGUUGCAACUGGUGGACUUAGAGGAUCUCAGCAUUGAGGACAAUAACUGGUUCGAACCGUAUUACAUUAUGGCCCUCUCAAAGUUGCCUUCGCUGCGACGACUUAGUCUUAAGGGCUGUCAGAUGCUCUGCAAGUUUGUUCCCUACGGCAGCAUGGCGGCCCGCUUUGGCUUCCACAAACUAGAGGUGCUAGACCUUCGUUUAACGCCCAUCAAUAACUCGGAUUUGCAGUGCUUCAGCGCCAUCGAGAAUCUCAAGGAGCUGUUUCUUGAGUCGCCGACCAACCUGCCCGCAGAAGUCUCUUCCCCGGAGAAAACCAACAAUGGCAAUGCCAAUGACGAGGCUGUCGCCCCGCAGCCGGAAUCACUAAAAGUUCUCAACGACGAUGAGCCGUCCACAUCGCGGGCCGCCAUGGAACACCUGCGAGCCUGUAAAAUUGCACAGGGCAAGGAACAAAAUGCUGAUAUGUUCAACUCGGACAAUUGCAACGAGAGAAAGGAGCCGUCGCCGCCCGCCUCAGCAGUGCCAGCUGCCAAUACUAGGGAACCACUGGUGAAGAAGAUUACUGGCUCCUCAGAAUCCGAGGAUGAGGACACCUCUUCCACUUCUGCCUCUACAGACACGUCCUCCUCAACCUCCUCCUGCUCAUCCGAUAAAUUGGAGAAUGUAGCUUCGCACGGUAAUGCCCAAAAUGGCGGUGCUCCCGUACGAUCACCACUGGUUGUUAUUGCUUUGCCCAGCGUGGCUGCCGAUCAUCCACCACCUGAGGUGCCACCAGCAGCAGAUUCGGAUAAUCCUGAUGGGCAGAAUCCAGGACCGUCGCCCACACCGCGCGCUUACAUAUACGUGCCCGAAGUGCAUCCACCUGGUCAGGAGAAUCCGCGGCAGCAGCCCAAUAUGGUAGCCAUUUUGGAGCAAAUGGCGGACCACUUGCGCACCUGGCGGGGAAACAAUCCUGCCCAUAGUCGUUUCCUGCCGCGUCGUGAUCAAAUGAUCUACAUGAAUCCGCAGGCAAUGGCCAUUCGAGAACCGAUGCUUGUGAUGCACUCGCGACGCCAUCGAUCGCAUCCACGUGGGAACUUUGACCAGGUGGUGCAGCAUCCCAUGUUCUGGAACAUGCUGGACCCCCUCGAUCGGGACUAUGCUCGCCGAAUGCGCCACCGUCCAACGACCUGCCCGGCUCCGCCACAAUGCUAUGUAUCGGAUCGUGCGAUCUAUAGCUUUGGCAGAGCAGCAAGACCCGUGCAGCCGGAUGUGGUUUGGAUACGAAACAUCAACCGCUCUCCGGACAACCGGUUGGAGCGACUAUCGCUGCGAAACUACCAUCACAUAACGAAUCACACGCUGGAGCAUCUGGUGCAGUGCUCACCGAAUCUGAUCUUCAUUGAUGUGAGUGGUACGAGCAUAACGCUUUCGGGACUGCGACGCUUUAAAAGCAGCAAACCGGAGUGCGAGGUGGUAGCCACGCACUUGACAGUGGACGAUGAGGAUGCCACGGAGGUACCGAUCGAGGAACAGGAAGAUGAGGUGUCGGCACAAAACGAAGAAGGACCGGCUGAGGCAAAUGAUCAACAGCCACCGCAGUCGCCACCGCCGCCGCCGCCUGUUCUAGUGAUCCCAUAGUAGAUUCCCCCAACUAUAUGUUUGUAUGGUGUUGAAUUCCGUGAACUUUUCUGUGGCAAUGGGCCGUGCUGAAUGGAGAUAUUUUAAGACGACGAAGAGGACGACGACAUGGCCAAGCCGACGAUCCCACAACGCUGGCUACAAGCGAGUGCUGUAGUUCAGCCCAUUAGUAUUACGUUCCAAACUAAUCAAGCCCCUGUACUAUACGCCAGGCUCAGUGCACUGUAUAAAUCCAAAAAUCCAAACUCCGCAACAAACCAAUCCUCUAGUUAGGCAUUAAAGAUCGCGCGACCCCUUUGGUAUACGUA